UUUUUUUUUCUUUCUUUCUUCAUCUUUUACUAUUACUUUGUAUUAUUUGUAGACAAACAAACAUCAUUUUGUUUUGUAUAUAGUUUUUCUUUUGAUCUCCCUCCUCUAUUUUUAGUUUAUUUUUAUUGCUCAUCGUAUACUUUGUUAAAAUAAUAUGACUACAAAAGCUGUUAAUGAAUAUGAUAUGAUUAUUGUUGGUGCCGGUGUAGUUGGCUGUGCUGCUGCCAAGGCAUUUGGUGAAGAUGGACGUAAGGUUUUAUUGCUUGAACGUGAUUUAUCAGAACCUGAUAGAAUUGUGGGUGAACUUAUGCAACCUGGUGGUAUGCAUGCUUUAAAGAAACUUGGCAUGGAAGAUUGUGCUGAAGGUAUUGAUGGUAUCAACUGUUAUGGUUAUAGUGUAUAUUAUAAAGGAGAAUUGGUUGAACUUCCUUAUACUCAAGAUCCUACUACUGGUAAGCAAGCUCGUGGUGUUGCCUUCCAUCAUGGUCGUUUCAUUCAAAAUCUUAGAAAGUCUGCUAUGAAUACAAAGAACGUUACUGUUAGGGAAAUGACUGUUAAUCGUCUUAUCAGCUAUUCUGAAACAGAUAACCGUGUCAUUGGUGUUGUUGCUACCCCUAAGGGUGAAGACGAGAAGGAAGAAAAGCUUUAUGCUCCUCUUACAUUAGUUGCAGAUGGUAUCUUCUCUAAAUUUAGAAAGGACUUCUUUGAACGUUCUACUAAUGUCAUGUCACACUUUGUUGGCUUCUUACUUCAUGACUUCCAAUUGCCUUAUGAUAAGAAGGGUUUCGUUGCUGUUGCUAAGCCCUCUCCUAUCUUGAUGUAUCAAAUUGCUCCUCAUGAUACACGUGUCCUUGUAGAUGUUCCUGGUGAAUUACCUAAGGUCGGUAAUGGUGAUCUUAAGCGUUAUAUGGAAGAAGUCGUUUGUCCUGAAUUACCCGCUAAUAUGCAAGAAAAAUUCAUGGAAGCUCUUCAAACUGAACGUUUACGUCCUAUGCCUAGUGGUUUCUUACCCCCCUCUAUUAACCAACGUGAAGGUGCGAUCAUCAUUGGUGAUGCCCUUAACGUCCGUUCCCCUCUUACAGGUGGUGGUAUGACGGUGGCUCUUGAAGAUGUCUUGACCGUAGCUCAACUUCUUUCUAAGCAAAAUGUUCCUUCCUUUACCGAUAGUCAUUUGGUACUUCAAGCUAUGGAUACCUUCCACUGGUCCCGUAAGAAGCAUUCUGCUGUCAUUAACUGUCUUUCUAUGUCUCUCUAUAGUGUCUUUGCUGCCAAGACAGAAUCAAUGAAGGUCAUUCAAAAGGGUUGCUUUGAAUAUUUCAAGUUGGGUGGUUCCUGUGUGGAUGGUCCUAUUAACUUGCUUGCUGGUAUGAACUAUUCUCCUGCUGCUCUUCUUUAUCACUUUUAUAUGGUUGCCUUGUACUCUAUUUAUGUUAUGUUCAGAGAUGGUGGCCUUGUUGGUAUUCCUCAAAAUAUUUUCAAAGCAUUUGCUGUCUUCUAUACCGCCUGUGUUACUAUCAUGCCUUUCCUUUGGGGUGAAUUGAAAAAUUAGAUAACAUUUGCACUCAACUUUUCCCCCCCUCCACCUUUUUUUUUUUUAUUUUCUAGUAAUUUUAUUGUAAAUCAUGUAUAUUUUUAGUUUUUUUUUCUUUAAUCAAAAC